AUGGGCAACGAUCCAGUAUACGUUGCAGAGGGACUCAGUCCCGCCCCCGGGGUGAAUGGACAACGGUCCAAGAUGUAUAAUGCCCUCACUGGGAUUGGAGGCUCCGGCCAAGUCGACCAGACCGUAGCAUCAAAUGCGAACGUUGCUUUACUCUCUGCCAUGGCUGGCACGGCGCUUUUCGUUGUUGGGCCUAUCUUCGACCGCAUCGGACCUCGAGCCUGUCUGCUGAUUGGAGGUUGGACAUAUCCAUUGUAUUCCGGAAGUCUUCUAUGCUUCAACCGCACGGCAAACGGCGCGUUUGUGAUCGCAUCUGGAGCCAUCCUCGGUAUCGGAGCAUCGUUCCUCUGGGUAGCCCAAGGCGCUAUCAUGACGACGUAUGUCCCGGAAUCGCAGAAAGGCCGCGCCAUUGCAGCCUUCUGGAUUAUCUUCAAUCUGGGAGGUGGCAUUGGCUCCUUGGCCAGUUUCGGUAUGAAUUACCACUCAACUAGUGGAACAGUGUCGGACGGUACCUACAUCGCUCUGCUCAUAAUCAUGGCCAUUGGAUGGCUCAUGGGAGCUCUGAUUUGCCCACCGAAAGCAGUGCGGGUGGCGACUAUUCAAACAACCCCCGAGACCGAAAAGAAUUGGCUGAAUAUCACGAAGCUCACCUUGAAAACCGUGUGUGACUGGAGAGUGCUGUCUAUGCUCCCGCUGUUCUUCUGUGCCAAUGUAUUCUACUCGUAUCAGCAAAAUAUCGUCAACGGAAUGACAUUCAACAUCCGCAGCCGCUCUUUGAAUGGAGCCCUGUACUGGAUCGCACAGAUGUUCGGUGGACUCAUUAUGGGCCUCCUUCUUGAUAUCCCGGGUCUUAAUCGUCAAUGGCGGGCACGGAUCAACUGGUUGUUCUUAUUCGUCACGGGGAUGGCGAUCUGGGGCGGAGGAUACGCGUUUCAACUAUGGUACGAUCGACGCGUCGCGGAGGGCAAGAAGCAAGAUGUCGACUUCACUCAAAGCAGCAUUUCCGUUGGGCCCAUGUUCCUCUAUAUCUUUUACGGCAUGUACGAUGCAUUCUGGCAGUCUUUCUGCUAUUGGUUGAUGGGAGCCCAGUCGAACUCUCCCGCUGUGGCAGCCAUCCUAGUGGGAGCCUACAAAACCUUCCAGAGCGUCGGAGGUGCGAUGGCGUGGCGACUGGGGGCGAUGAACAAGUCGCCGAUGCUGCAGUUCGCAGUCGACUGGGGCCUGUGUAUGGGCUCGCUUGUCAUUGCCAUUCCUGCCGUGUUAGCCGUCACCCUCACCAGUACGGAUCCAGACACCCUCGACGAGGUGGACAUGAAGAAUAGGCAAGCCGACACGUCUACGGAUGGCCCUAAGCCAUGA